GCGGCUUCACCUCCAACCACCAUCUCUUAUCGCUUGCAUCCCAUUUCAAUCCCCCUCAUCUACCUUUCAGUCAUUACUCCAUUAUCGCAUUCUUUGCGAGCUUCCUUCUACGUUGCCACCCUUUGACAUCCCGAUCAACUCUUUUGUCUUCCGGGGCUUCCCUCUAGGAAGCUAUCCUUUACCUUUGCAUCUCCGCGACUCAUAUUCCGUCAGCAGCUAUGGAGCGACUUGGUCGGAUGCUUCAGGCCGCCCAAAGUAUGGGCAUGGGCGGUGCUGCCCCCGGUGGCGAUACCCCUAACCUGAUCGAUAACUCCGAAACAGUACAUAUCUCAUCGUUGGCUCUGCUCAAGAUGUUGCGACAUGGUCGGGCAGGCGUGCCUAUGGAAGUCAUGGGUCUGAUGUUGGGAGAGUUCGUGGAUGAAUACACAGUUCGAGUAGUAGAUGUGUUCGCUAUGCCUCAGAGCGGUACUGGAGUUAGCGUCGAAGCUGUGGACCCCGUAUUUCAGACCAAGAUGAUGGAUAUGCUCCGCCAAACAGGACGGCCAGAGACCGUUGUUGGCUGGUAUCACUCUCAUCCUGGUUUUGGCUGCUGGCUCUCGUCUGUCGAUAUCAACACCCAGCAAUCCUUCGAGCAGCUCACCCCGCGCGCUGUCGCCGUUGUCGUUGACCCUAUCCAGUCCGUCAAGGGCAAAGUUGUUAUUGAUGCUUUCCGACUUAUUCAACCCCAGACUGUGGUCAUGGGUCAGGAGCCUCGGCAAACAACAUCCAAUUUGGGUCACCUGAAUAAGCCGUCGAUCCAAGCACUCAUCCACGGUCUGAACAGGCACUACUACAGCAUUGCCAUCAACUACCGUAAGACAGGGUUGGAGGAGAACAUGUUGAUGAACCUGCAUAAGCAUGUUUGGACGGAAGCCUUGCAGAUGAAGGAUUUCCAUGAGGAAGGCGAGCACAACGUCGACCGCAUGAAGCAACUCGUCAGCCUCGCCGAGGGCUACGAAAAACGAGUUAAAGAAGAAACGGAACUUAGCAAGGAGCAGCUCAAGACAAGAUAUGUCGGAAAGGUCGAUCCCAAGAAGCACAUUGAGGAUGUAAGUCAGCAGUUGAUUGAAGAUAAUAUUGUCGCGGUCUCGCGGCAGAUGAUCGACAAGGAAGCCUCAGUUGCCAGGCAAUCAAAUGGAAAAGGAGCUCAAAACGGCGCCAGUAUGGAGGUGGACGAAGACCUAUAGAUGAUUAGCUAGUAGUUAUGAGGAGUAUCAUAAUCUCUGUUUCUAUAUGGGUACAGGACAGUAGUCCUGUGUCGCAGGGGCAGCCAUCAUGCACGGAAACAAUUAUAAAUGAAUAACGUUUCAAUUUAUACUAUUCGAACACUGCAUAAGGAAC